UUCAACACUUUGCAUGGGCAUCCUUGGCCGAACUGGGUUUUGGGCUGAGCUUUUAAAAAAGAAAGAAGUCCAUAUUUCACUCUCAAAUGUCACGCUCCGGCCGCAUAACCCACCGAAGUCCAAAACCGGUUAUUUAAACACCUGAAUUCCGUAAUACCAUUUAAUUCACGCCCCUAAGCGGUUUUAGAGCCUACGUGGCACAUUUAGGGCGGUUUAGGGGCUGAUUAGGCUUUUUGGACUCGCUGACGUGGCCGAAUCGGUUGGUACGGGAACCAAAUCGCCGCGCGAUUCAUUUCUGUCGUUUCAUCUCCUCUCCCUUCCCAGUCGAGCCGUCACCAUCUCCAUCCCGGCGGCGACGCACCCUUCGCGGUGAAUCGGAGCAAGGCGCGUGCAAAUGAUCUGCAACACGGGUCGGUCAGCGGAAUCUCGCCAUGGAUAAAGAUCGGAAGGGACACUGCAGUAUGUGGGUGGGGCAGAGUAUACUUUUCAUCUGAAGAGAGAUAAGCCGUCCUUUUAUGAAAUCAAGGAAUCCCUUAAGGACUUGAUCUGUGCUGAAACAGAAUGGUAUGUUGCUAAGAGGCAACUGAAGAUUCAUUGGCUCUUUCCUAGGAACUCAUUGGAGGAUGGACUGUCUCUGUUGUUUGAUGAUGAUUCAGUAAAGAGGAUGGAUAAUGCCAUGACAGAUGGUGGUGUUGCAGAACUCUAUGUGGAGCAUUUUGAUUCUGAAGAAGUGGAACAGGAAAAUGCUGAGGAAAGUGACUGGGAGGCAGACAAUGAGGCAAAUAAUGAGGCACAGGAGCAGGAGCAAGAUGAUGGUGUGGUUGACAUAAGAAUUGGUGAGACAUAUUCAAAGCAUAAAGGAAGUAAAGUUCCUCUAGUCCAUGUACAGGAAGUGGAUUCAGAAUUUGUGUCUGCACUUUUAUGUGAUGCACCUUCCGUUGAAACAAUAGAAGAUGACAUGGAGAAUCUUAUAAUCUCACCAAGGAGAGAAGGGUUUAGCACACCCAAGAGUUCUGAGAAGGACACACACAACUCAACAGAUGUGACCCCAACUAAGGAUGAACUAGAUGCACAUCUAGAGUCUUUCAGGCAGUUUUAUGGUUACAGUCAGGAAGAUAAGAGGAAGAGAGCAAAGAGGAGCUUAAUACCUGCAGUUCCACAUCCAUCAAUUCAGCCUAAACCUAAAUUAGCAGCAGCAAGCAAAGCCAAGAGGAAACAUCCAGGUCCAAAGCCAUCAAGUCAGCCUGAAGUAGCACCAUCAAGUAAAAGGGCCAAGAAUGAAACAAGUGAGAUGGAACAAGUGGAACCUGAAAAUACUGAAGAUGAAAGUGACAUUGAAUAUGUACCUCCAGAAGAAUGCAGCUCAGGUGAGGACUCAGAAGUAGAACAAGUAAGGAAGAUUGCUAGAGAUAAGGAGCCAGAAGAGGGCUAAGAAGAUGGGUGCCACUAGAGGUCCAAUUGUCAAGGAUAAUAAUGUUGUUGAAGAGAAUGUAGCAGAUCUAUUGAAGGGUCUGAUACACCUUACUUCGAUUCAGAUGAUGAUUGCUCUUAUGAUGAGGAGAGUGAUUGUGAAGGUGGGAAGAUAUUCAAAAGGAGGAAAAGUGAAUGGCCUAGGUAUGACAGCAAAGCU